AGCGACGCACCUCGUGGAUUAGAAUGAUUAGACUCGCAUGGCGUCAGUUGGCGUUCAAAAAUAGCCGCGUAGAGCCUGCACGCCUUUUAACUGCAGCGUUUUGUGGAGCGGACAGUCGGCAUCAGAGCUCAGGGGGAAACAGAAGGUGCUUCAGACAAAUUCACCACCCACCAAGCAACGGGUCACCGCUCCUCCACCGUCCCCUGCCGGCCUACUCCCUCAGUUCUUCUGUCUUCAUGAGCAUGGCGUCAGGGGGUGAAGGGCCAUCAUCCCCCACUCGCAGACACACCAACAGGUUAGCCAAGGAGAUGUCGCCCUACCUGCUACAACAUGCACACAACCCUGUUGACUGGUAUCCCUGGGGUCAAGAGGCUUUCGACAAAGCAAAAAAUGAAGACAAACCCAUCUUUUUAUCAGUGGGGUACUCGACUUGCCAUUGGUGCCAUGUUAUGGAGAGAGAGUCUUUUGAAGAUGAGGAAAUUGGCAAAAUCAUGAGUGACAACUUUGUCUGCAUCAAGUUGGACCGAGAAGAGAGACCUGAUGUGGAUAAGGUCUACAUGACCUUUGUACAGGCAACAAGUGGAGGUGGAGGUUGGCCCAUGAGUGUGUGGUUGACCCCUGAUCUUCGACCUUUCAUUGGAGGAACCUACUUCCCUCCCAGGGACCAAGGCUUAAGACCGGGGUUCAAAACAGUUCUCAACAGAAUCAUUGAACAGUGGCAGAAUAACCGUCCUGCUUUGGAGUCCAGUGGAGAGAGGAUCCUUGAAGCUCUGAAGAAAGGCACUGCUGUCGCUGCAAACGCAGAAGAGAGUCCUCCUCUGGCCCCGGAUGUUGCUAAUCGCUGCUUUCAGCAAUUAGCAAAUUCCUAUGAAGACGAGUAUGGUGGCUUUAGAGACGCUCCCAAGUUCCCCACACCAGUGAAUCUGAUGUUCCUUAUGUCUUACUGGUUUGUGAAUCCCUCCACCACAGAAGGAGUGGAGGCUCUUCAGAUGGCCUUGCACACACUUCGCAUGAUGGCCCUGGGUGGCAUCCACGACCAUGUGGCAAAGGGUUUUCACCGUUACUCUACAGAUUCCUCCUGGCAUGUUCCCCACUUUGAAAAGAUGCUGUACGACCAGGCUCAACUGGCUGUAGCCUACAUAACUGCUUCCCAGGUAUCAGGCGAGCAGCUCUUUGCAGAUGUGGCCAAGGACAUACUGCUCUACGUCUCCAGGGACCUGAGUGACAAGUCUGGAGGUUUCUACAGUGCAGAGGAUGCAGACUCUGUCCCACCAUCGGGGGGACCAGAAAAGCGUGAAGGGGCUUUCUGUGUCUGGACAGCCUCAGAAGUUCGGGAACUGUUGCCAGAUGUGGUGGAGGGUGCCACUGGAUCUGCCACGGUGGCAGACAUCUUCAUGCACCACUAUGGCGUGAAAGUGCAAGGCAAUGUCGCUUUAGAACAGGACCCCCACGGAGAGCUGCAGGGCCAGAAUGUGCUGAUCGUGCGUUAUUCGGCCGAGUUAACGGCUGCUCACUUUGGCAUCAGCGUUGAGAAAGUCAACGAGCUCCUGUCCUCCGCCAGAGCCAAAAUGGCAGAAGUAAGGAAGAGUCGGCCUCGUCCACACCUGGACACCAAGAUGUUGGCCUCUUGGAAUGGUCUGAUGCUUUCGGCCUAUGCUCGUGUUGGAGCUGUGCUUGGGGACAAGGUGCUGCUGGAGAGGGCGGUGCAGACGGGCAACUUCCUGAAGAAGCACCUGUGGGAUGCUGAGCGGAAGACAAUCCUCCGAUCCUGUUACCGUGGAGACGAGAUGGAGGUUCAACAGAUAUCGCCGCCUAUCUCUGGUUUCCUCGACGACUACGCCUUCAUCAUUUGCGGCUUGCUGGACCUGUAUGAGUCCACGCUUCAGGCGGAGUGGUUGAAGUGGGCCGAGGAGCUGCAGCUCAGGCAGGACGAGCUGUUCUGGGACGACCAGGGCGGCGGCUACUUCUGCAGCGACCCCGGUGACAACACUGUGCUGCUGCAGCUCAAAGAGGAUCAGGAUGGAGCCGAGCCCAGUGCUAACUCUGUGUCUGCGUCCAGUCUCCUGCGCCUGUCCCACUACACCGGAAGACAGGAGUGGCUCCAGAGGUCCCAACGGCUGCUCGCAGCCUUUUCUGACCGUCUGACCCGGGUCCCCAUAGCGCUGCCUGAAAUGGUCAGGGCUCUCAUGGCCCAGCACUACACGCUUAAACAGAUUGUGAUCUGCGGCCAGAGGGAUUCCCCGGACACUGCGAGCCUUCUAGCAAUAGUCAACUCCCUCUUCCUCCCACACAAGGUCUUGAUGCUCAUUGACGACAGCGCAGACGGUUUCCUGUCCCAGCGUCUGCCUGUCCUCUCCUCCAUGUCCCAGCAGGGAGGUGUCCCCACGGCCUACGUCUGCCAGGACUUCACCUGUUCUCUUCCUGUCACUGACCCCCAGGAACUGCGCAGGCUCCUUCUGGACGGGACCACGGAGACGCGGGCGGAUUGACGACCGAAGAUCUGACUGACAGAAGUUUAACAAGAAGGCUGGAAUCUUCAUAGGCUGCACUCUUCCAGUCCGUAGCCUCAGCUUAUCUUGAUUUUGCUGUUUUUGGCUAGUGAGUCUGGCUUUGCCAUUGAGGAAUGCCAAUGCUUAAAGAGUCCACUACAUUGGUAGGAAUAGUUAAAGUUCCAUGAGAUAACUGGGACUUCUGUCCUUCAUUCCAGCCCUGUAACUCCAAGACCAGCUCAGUAUUACCUCGAGUAUCAGCUAAAGCCAUUUUCCAAAGUCCACCCCUGGACUUUCAAAUAUUUAUAAUACAUUUAUUUAGGCCCAAUUAUUUUUACAAUUUACAAAUUAUUUUUUUUAAUGUUCUUUUUAGCCUACAUGAGUAUGAAUGGGCUUGUAAAAAAAAAAGGAACAGGGAAAAUCCAUAACAGUAAGUAGAUACCUGACGAGAAAAUGUUCUCAGACCUCCACCAAGAUGGCAGUCCAUACUCAGUACAAAACCAGCAGUUCAACCAAUGAAUGAGUUCUUGUCUUAACAAAAAACAAAAACCACACUUCUCAGGAAGCAAACCAAAAUACUAAUACUAAAUAUAGUAUAAAAUAUACUAAUACCAAAAUACUACUAAAUACGGUUAACUAAUAAAAAUAAAUCCCAUAAACAAUCUUAGCGAUUCUCUGGCAGUUACCUCCUGUAGUCCGACUAUUGCGCUGCUGUCAGUUCCCAUGGGAUGGUCGGAUUGGUAACUAAUCGUUUUGAUGGUGGAUCCACAGAGCAGAGAGGAUGGAGAGUUGCCGUAGAUCAGGUAAACUAUAAAUUUACAUGCUGGCUUGUUGCCUGGAGUUUGUAAGCUAACUGACAGACUCAUCCUCUUCUACGGGGCCGCAUGGGAGGCUUUGGCCGGCCAGAUGUGGCCCGCGUGCCGUCAGUUGAUGAUCAUUGAAGUUCAAUAUUUUUAGCAGGCUGUCAGAGGCAGUUGACCAGUGGCGCCACACUGAAAUUCAGGUGUACGAAAGUCCUUACAAAGAAAUAUUUACAGUAGUGGUGGCAGCCGACUCAAAAUAUGCAGCACUUGUACAAAAUGUCCUGGCUUGACUGUUAGCCCAAAAGUAAACUACAGACUCUUACUAGACCAUAAGCUAAGACCACUUGGAAGAAUUGGACCGAGAAUAUUUGGCUGAUGAACCAGUCUGCCCCGUUGUCCUCUCCUAGCGCUGUGUUCCAGCUCCCACAUUCAUGUCACAUGGAUCUGACAGAGGAAGCCUGCUUGUGUGUGUGUUUAUUGUGCAGAAAAGGGUGGUUAGUAGGUUUGUAUGUUCAUGCGCUGUUGAAGUUGUGUCACUUGUGCAUGUUUCAUUUGUAGUAACGUCACUUUGAACAAGCUGCUCUGUUACUAUCCCCUGGCACCGUCUGCUCGCGAACCCCUUGUUCAUUGUCUUAUCUAGCGUUCAAUGGGAGAGGAUCCUUCUCCACUGCUGUGGACUCGUGUCUUCAUGGCUUUUACUUUAAGGUUUAGACAGCAAACAAUGCACAGCCUGUAUACGCACAACACUGAGAAAUAAAAAUAUUUCUCUUAUAA